AUGUUCACGAUGCUGCACGCUACGCCAUCAACAUCAUUCGAUGUGAAAGAUGAUGUCGUCGAUGUUCAAGAUACUCAAGGCGAUGAAGACGACCAUUACGCUUCAGAAUCUGUUAUCAUUUCCUCUGACAAUCUACUAGAAAAAACUUUCCUACAUAGCGCGUCAAAUAUCAGAUCGAUACAUCAACGUUUUGUUAACCGACAACGCGACAACAUACGAAGCUUCAGUGUGGAUGCAAAUUAUGUUAAGCCAAGUAUGUCCAAGAGAAAUUACGAUAAAGGAAAAGAUGACAUGCUUGAUGAAUCAAAUGUAACAACAGCUGGACCAUCAGUAAGCAGUGAAUGCAGUAAUGAAGAUAAGCAAAUCAACUAUUGUAAAGACAGUUGCAGUGCCAGGCACAGUAAAUUAAAGCCUGUAGACCAUCCCGAAGCUCCCCAUUACCAUAAUAUAACUUCAACUGUACUUCACAUUUUACCAGCAAGCUAUACAGAAGGCUUUUUUAACCAACCCUAUAGUAAUUUAUCAAACACUUCUUCACUAUUAAGCUUAAAACCAUCAUUAUCAACAUCUAAACUCAUAUUUUUUCUCCUCCUCCUACUAACCAACAUUUCAACAACCCACGCCCUACGCUGCUACUGUACCGACGAUCACUGUAUUCCAGCUUACGGCGUAUGUGAAGGUACCGUCUGUCUAGUCGGAAUUCGAAAGCAAGACCAGUCAGUGAUAAGAACCUGUGGCGAUGAACCCUUAGGCUGUCAGAAGCACGCAGGCAACUGGGCCGACUUGUGUGCUUGUGAUCGACCGUUCUGUAACACUUUUUCGUAUCUACGUGAGUCGGCUCACGCUAUGGAAGUGCCGCCGUCUAACGAGAAACCCGAGAACGAUCAUCCGAGUGCACUGAUGCAGAAUUCCGCCAGUAUGAACAGUCGAAAUGAAGCGUUUGAGGACCGUGCUGAAGAUGAAGAUAAAGUUAUGUUUAAUCGAUUUGAUUUCCCUCCGGGCGAAUAUAUUGAUGAGGAUGGAAGGCAUCAUAAACGUGAGUUUUUUUUAACUUUACUUUGCCUUACCUUGACCAACCCUAUUCUUGACUAUCCUGCCUUGCCCUACCCUACUAUUCUUUACCUUAUCUUACUUCACCCUACCUUCCCCUACCCACCCAAUUUUACCCUAUUCAUCCCUACGAUACCCUUAAAAUUUUAUUUUCAGCCGGAAUAUCGACCCGAACCUCGCUGCUGACCAUCCUCCUGGUCAUCGUGCCAUUAUCAAUUGGCGCCGCGACAGUUAUGGUCGUAUCAUUCAAUUACUACUGCCAUCUGUGUUGA